UUUCCGGUGGUGUUUGCGCGGGAAGCUGUCUCAGGCUUCAGGCGGGUGAUUUAAACCCGGGAGCGAGCGGUUAAAUGCGGCAAUGGACCCUUCAGAAGUGGAGUUUCUCGCAGAGAAGCAGAUUGUGACUAUUAUUCCCAACUUCAGCUUGGAUAAAAUCUAUUUAAUAACUGGAGAUUUGGGACCAUUCAAUCCAGGGCUUCCAGUUGAAGUACCUGUGUGGCUCGCUAUUAAUCUGAAACAGCGACAGAAGUGCAGGAUUGUAGUUCCAGAUUGGAUGGAUGUAGAUAAACUUGAACAAAUCAAGGAACAGGAGCGUAAAGAAGAAACCUUCACUCCAAUGCCCAACCCACAUUACAUGGAACUGACUAAGUUGCUGUUGAAUCAUGCCUCUGACAAUAUUCCCAAAGCUGACGAAAUCCGGACCUUGGUGAAAGAUACUUGGGAUACUCGCAUUGCAAAGCUGCGGUUAUCUGCAGAUAAUUUUGUGAAUCAACAAGAGGUCCAUGCAAAGCUGGACAACCUCACAUUAAUGGAAAUUAAUACAAUCGGGACUUUCCUCACCGAAUCACUGAAUCAGUUGCACAGUCUCCGUGCAAACCUUCAGCCUGCGGAGAAAGCUCAGUCACAGGACUAUUAAACUGCUUUCUUCAAGGAGGUGAUCCUCUUCUUUAAAAUGAGGGAAGUUUGGAGAAGAGCAGAACCAAGUUCAGCAGGGAAGAUACAGAAGGAGGGUGGGAUUAGUAUGCUGGCAACCUAAGAUCCUGGAAACAUCUCUGCAAGGUGAAAAACUAGUGUUUUGACAAUGUUUUCACUCCUGUGUCAAAGGUUUCUCUUCUUGGGUGCUGACUAAGCAGUGAGGGACUUCCGAAGCUUUUUGUUUCCAAUCUUUUGCUGUAGGUUUAAUUUUUCCUAAAUAAUGAAUGAAAUUAGAUAUGGUUUAAAAUAUAAAUAUGGGUAGCAGUUGGGGAUGCUGUUUUUAAACAAAAACUCAAGGAUAGUGGAUUUGGUAUAUAAAUCAGUGCUUUUAUUGUAUUUGCUCGCUUUCUGAUUGCAUGGUUGACUUGCUGCCAUCUUUAUUUAAAUAAUGGUUUUGUUUGUUCACUUCUACCUGUUUAGUCACAUUUUUUGACAAAUUGGAAGUUUUUUUUGGGGGUGGUUGGGAAGGUGGCAAGAAAUCCAGACAGUUGUCUGCUCACUAAAUCUGAAGUGAACGUAGUUUCUCUGAGCAUUGCACAUUACACAGCUUCACUAUUUAGAUUUCCACUCUAUUCUGAGCCAGUGAUCGGAACGAGAAGCGAAAAGGUGUUAGGUUUAACCAGCGUCGACGAUGUACAGGAAAAACUAGCAAGAACUGCGUUCCCUGGACUACUGUGCACCUUCAUUAUUUGACCAUAAUCACUAAGUGGAAAGUGGAUCAGACUUGCUUGCAUUUGACUUCCUUUUAAGUUCGCAGUGAUUAGUAAUUUGAGUGUGGGGCAAUUUGUUUUUAAGUUAAUUUGUGCGACAUGGGCAUUGAUGUCUGGGCCAGCAUUUAUUGCCCAUCCCUAGUUGUCUUUGAGAAAGUGAGCUGUCUUGAUCUGCUGCAGUGCACCUGCUGUGAGAAUCAGAGUCCCUACAGUGUAGAAACAGGAUAUUUUGGCCCAACAAGUCCACACCACCCCCUGCCAUAGAUCAUCCUACCCAGAACCCCACACCCCCACCCUUUCCCUGUAACCCUGCAUUUCCCAUGGCUAGCCCACCUAACAUAUGCAUCCAUGGACAUUAUGGGCAAAUUAGCUUGGCCAGUCGACACAACCUGCACAUCAUUGGACUGUGGGAGGAAACCAGAGCACCUGGAGGAAACCCAUACAGACACCAAGAGAUGGUGCAAACUCCACAAUCGCCUGAGGGUAAAAUGGAGCCUGGGUCCCUGGAGCUGAGGUAGCAGUGCUAACCACUGAGCCUGUGCUGUGGUUUGAUCCACAAUGGCAUCAGAGAGAAGUCCAUGAUUUUGACCCGUGACAGAGUGUAAUUUUAGCCAAGUCAGGCUGUUGAGUGGCUUAGAGGGUAACUUUAGCUGGUGGUGUUCCUAUGAAUCUGCUGCCCUUGUUUUUUUCAAUGGAAGUGGUUGUGGGUUUGGAAAGUGCUGCCUAAAUGUUUGGGGAAUUUCUGUAGUGCAUCUUGAAUUUGCCACACGUUGCUGCUACUUAGCAUUGGUGGUGAAGGGAGUGGAUGCAGUACCAGUGAAGUGGGUUGCUUUGUCCUGAAUGGUGUCAAGCUUGUUGUGUUGUUGGAGUAUCAUUCAUCCAGGCAAGUAGGGAAUGUUCCAUCUCAGUCCUGUCUUGUAGAAGGUGGACAGGCUUUGAGGAGUCAGGAUUUAUGAGUAGAAUGCCUCACAUCAUCCAUCUACCAACUUGACUCAAAAAUCAAAAACCACUCAAACUUUGCAGAAGAGCAGAAAAUCUAACUCUUUUCAGUUGCAAAGAAAGUAAGUUAGAGGAGCCUAAUACUUGAUGUGCCUUGAAAGUUUUAAACUGCAGGCCUGCAGUUUCCAUUUUAACUUGUAUGUGUAUUUGGAGCAACUUUUGUAAUUCAAAGAUUACAAUUUCCUGCCUGUGGCAAUUUCAUGAUUUGAGUGUAACAUUUUUACAAUAAAUCUGCUUCCUGAAGGACUGAUGUUGCUUCUAGUAUCAUUGUAGGUAAUUCAUAAAAGGCCUGGGCCAAAAGUAAGCUUCAAUUUUGUAGGCAGUCUAAGAAGGAAAAUUUAUUCUGCUUUUUUUUUUGCUGCUGACUCACAUUUUAUUAUACAGCUGUGUGGAUAAUGAGCUGCUACAUUAGUGAUGAAUUCAACCUGAAACUUCUGCUUCUCAACUACAGUACAAUUGUGUAUUUGGCAAACUGCUUCUAACCAAGGCUUUAAAUUUAUGUCCCUUUGCUUAGUAAUAAGAUUCAACAGGUUAUAAAUAGAGUUCUGACUUGGGAAGGGUCAAUAUAUAAAGAAGGUUCUGCUCCUUAUGGACUGAGGGUUGGAGGGAAAAUGCAAUUGAAAAAUCUGUUCUUGCAGCAAAAUGUGUUGGAUGAAUUUGGCUUGUGGUUGUCCACAUUCUCAAAAACUGGACAACAGUCCCUGUACUUAAUUGGCUGUGAAGUUUUUCAUACAUUGAGAUUGUGAAGGUUACUAUCUAAAUUGAAAUGUUUCUUACACCUUGCUGCAAUAUAAAAAGCCAGUUAAAAUGUUUCAAACAUCUUCAAAUGUUUCUCAUCUAUUUUCUGCUCAAAUGCCUUUUGUUGAUGGUCCUACUGGAGGAUGAAGCUCAAGCUUUGAUUCGAUCCUCUGACCUCCAUCAACUGGAACCUAGAUUUAGCACUGAGCUCUAUUGUGUCGAAGCAAAUGUUUUGGAGGAGGACUCCAGUCCGAUGUAAAGAAAUUUUGCUGUGUUACAUGAAAAUGAAAAAAUCCUGAUGACUAGAACAUUUUAGUUUUGAAUGUCAGCAAAUAGCUUACAAACUACACUAAAAGCUAGAUACCACUUAAAAAUAGGACUUUUAAAAAAGUUCACUGCAAGUACUCAGUGAAGAGGAAACCUAAGCAUUUUUAUGAAGAAGCAUCCAGACCCAAAACAUUAGCUUUCCUGCUCCUCUGAUGCUGCCUGGCCUGCAGGGUUCAUCCA